GGCGCAAACGGACAAUUUUCGUGAAACAAUUUUCAUAAAUUUCUUCAAAUGGAUUCAAAGCUCAUCAAUGUUUAUGUGUUUCUGCGUGAACAUUAUCAGGAUUUGGAUGUUUUGCACAGUGCGCCAACGAGUUACAUUAAAACUAUUUCCGGCAAUGAUUCGAAGAGAAUUGUUUUUGUUCAUAAAUUUGUAAAAAAAAGUUCAAUUGACACAACAAAAAGUCCUUGUUCGCCCAUCAAGGUUGAAAAAUCAAGUCUAACUCCGAUAAACAAUACAAAAGAUGACAGCACAGUAGUUGGAUCUCCCUUAAGGGAUGAUUGUGAUGUCGAAGAACUUUGUGUUUCGCCUGUUAAUCUGGUUGCUUACAAUCCAUGGAGUGAAAUAGAGGAAAAUUACACAGGCAUUUCUCAUGAAGAAGCACUUGAAUUACUUAAUGAACUACAUUCAAGUAACGUAACAAUCAACGAUAAUGGUUCUGUAUGGAUUCUCGUAAAAGCCGACGAUAUUGAUCGUACAUUUUUGUUAGAGCUCGAAAUUAAAAAUGGAUUUUUUAGUCGAGGUGUUGUUUCGCUCAAUGGAAUUCGAAGUUUACAAGACAUCGACGUAAUGAAAUUAAUCGAACAAAAUCGAAAAAUGGUUCGAGAUGCUAUUAACACGGAAAUUCGUGUUGACACUUCUUAUACCUUUUAUAACAACACAACCUUGAGUUUUCGACAUUCGAGCGAAAACGAAUUGAAAUCAAGUUCGAGCUUUUUACACAACAACGAAUGUACAAUUCGUCAAAUCUUCAAUUUGAAAGAAGCCACACAAGAUACGAGUGAAUUUCUGAACCAAAUUUUCAUGCUAAACGAACUAUUUGAGCUUAUCGUGCAGUUUAAGGAGGAAUAUGGAGAUGAGGAUUUCAAAGAGCCUGAAUAUCGAAAAAGCAGCGGAGUUGAUAUGGAAAUUGUGAAUAAUCAAAUUGUCAAGAUUUUGUCGGCGUUUCCGGAAAAACUACAAAAUGUCGAAAUUGAUCGUAAAAGUUUGUUAGAAGCCGUAUUAAGUAAGGCGAAUCAACGACAACUCGAGGAUUCAACAGAUCAACUUUUCGAUAUUCUAAAGUUUUGUGGAUCUUUGCGUGAUUUGAAAAGUGCAUUCCAACUAAUUUUUCAAACAAGUCUCAAAUGCAAUGUUGUAAAUAUGCCUUCAGCAAACACAAAGUUAGGAGAACUCAUUCGCGAUGUCUCAGAACGUAGAAUUGCUGUGCCUGUUUUAACGGGUUCACAACCUUUGGAGCUCUUAUUGGAAAUCGGUUUGGAGAAGGCAAUUCGUGAUUACGAUUAUAUCUUUGAGGAAAGUCGUAUUUGCAGUGCAAGUGAUUUGAAAAUUGUCAAAAAAGACGCUUCAAUUCCCAUUGUCGAAAAGAUGAAUGUUCGUAAGAGUCUUCAUAAUUUAGCGACAAAAACCGAAACAGAAAACGACAACAAACAACGAAAAACACUUUUGCACAAAAUUGAUAGUGUUACGACGCUCAAUGAGAGUGUCAUUGGUUUCCAAAAUAGUCGUUUUAAUGAAACGGAGAUCCAAACAAAACUUUCACGCUUGUUACAAAUUCAUCUCAUCCUCGAACAUUUGUUGCUCGUACAAGUAAAUCUCGGAACAGGUAAUAUCCAUUCAGCAAUCGCCAAACAAAUGUUGAAGGAAGAGCCCAUAAAGCUGAAGAAAAUAUUAAGAGACGGAUUCAACAAAUUGGAAGUCAGCGUUGUUGAUCAUAAACUGAAAUAUUUGAUCGAAAACAAAUCUCCAAGUGCAAAACGAAUCUCCGUCGUAUCAGAAAACAAAUUUAAGAAACUCGAAACUGUCAAUUACUAUUGCAUCGAUCCAAUAUUCCCUGUGAAUGUCUAUCGAGAAAUUUUUAAAGAAGAAGAAGCGAAAACUGUGGAAAAAGGAUCUCGCAAAGAAACCUAUUGGCAUUUCACAUACACGAAAUUCAGUUCAAAACGUUAACUUUACGUACUUUUAAAAAAGCAUCUUUAUUACUUUAUUCUUGCUUUGUUAAAUAAUAUAUGUAUGUAAUUGUAUAUUGAGCUAAAUUAAAACUUAAUCGAAUUCCUUAAAAAUAUUACAAAAUAUGGAACACGCAUUAUUAA